UAGCAAAAACAUUAAAUAUUAAUAAAAACCAAAAUAGUAAAAUUUUAAAAUCUCAAACCUCAUCUAUGGGCUAUGGCUCAACCGUUCAAAUGCUCACUUACGAUGUUACGAAAUCUUAUUGGUAUUAAUAUUCAAGACAUUUAGAAACUUUCUACUGGAACAGGAGGCGCUAUUGUUCAUUCACAAACAUUUCGUUACUUAAUAAAUAAUAUUCUAUUGUAUUAAGGUUUUUUUUUACUCAUUAAUUACAAAUUGUGUCUGUGUGUGUCUGUUCUUAAAUUAGACAUAUAUGUAUAUAUAUAUAUAAAAACAAUAUUGCUUAACACCAUAGUGUUAGAUUAUGCUAAAAUGGAUCAGAAGGAAAAUAACAGUCAAUCGUCGAUAAAUGAACAGUCCGAAUUAGAAAAAUACAAAAAGAAUUUGCACAAUUUGGUAGUUGCGUAUAAAAAAUUGACAUUAGAAAAAAAAGCUUUGGAAGACACAUUGAAGGCAUCCUCAAACUAUGAUAAAGAAGAUGCAUCGGAGACUGAUACUUCUGAGGUGUCUAAUGAUUCUCAACAGUCGCGAUUUAUUAAUUUAGUUAAUACCAUAACUAGUUUACAACGAGAAAAAAAUGAAGCUGAAGAAAUUGCAGCUGAUGAAAAACAACGACUUCAGGAUAAAAUAUAUGAGCUUGAAAAAUUGGUUAAAGAAUUGAAUAACAAAAUGGAUACACUAAAAAAACUUCAAAGAUUAGAGAUGGAAAAUAUCAAAGCAAAGUUUAACAAAGAGCGAUUACAGCGAGAAAAAGAAUUUAAUGACCAUGGAGUUAUGAUGAGAGAAUUACAAAAAUUAAUGGCUGAAGAACGUAGGCAAAAGGAACAAUCUGAAUCAUUAGCAGAUAGUUUACAAAAAGAAGUUGUACAUGUGCACAGAGAAAAUGAAAACUUAAAAAAAGCAGCUCAAGAUAUGGAGGAGGAACUAAAAGACAUUAAACAAAAAUUAAAGUAUAGGGAAGAGGAAACAUCUGGUAUGUUAUCUCAGUUACGGCAUGAAGUUAAAGCAGUGAGACAGAACCAUUCAAUUGCCAUUUCUCAAGAACAACAAAGAGCAACAGACGCAGAAAAUCGAGCUAGGGAACUUGCAAUUGCACAUGAAGUGAGAGUCUCAAAUCUAGAAACCCGUUUGACAGAACUUUCAAACUCAAUUGGUGUUUAUGAUAAGAUUAGACAUCAAGAUGAACUGACAAUACAAUCAUUAAAGGAACAAUUACAAAAAUUAGAAAUAGAAAAUGAAAAUGAUGAAGAGUACACUGUGUCUGAAAUAGUUGAAAAAUUCAAACACUUCAAAACUCUUUUAUUAAAUUUAGCCAAUACAUCAGAAGUUCCUUUAAAUAUUGAAGAUAUAAUAUUAAAAGAUUUAGAUCUUGAUAUUUACAAUUAUAAAAUGAAACACAUUGAAUAUUCAGAUCAACAAGAUGAAAAUAAUUUGUCUUUCAAGCAAGAUAAUUCAGUUUUAUUGAAUCAAGUAAAAAGUUUAAAACAACAUGUAAAUACACUACAAUUUGAACAAGAUCAGCUAGAACGCAAAUACAAAGAAAAAUUAGAAGAAGAUAAUGAAGAAAAUAAUAGUUGGAAGGAAAAAUAUAUGACAAAUGAUUUGGAAUGGCGUAAACGGACAUCAAUUCUAGAACAGCAAUUAUUGAGGCAACGUGAUAAAGCACAAGAACUUGUGUUAGAAAAAGAACUGGAACUAAAUACUCUACGUGAAGCUCUACAUUCUACAAAAUAUAAUAGAAAAACAUCCCAUUCCUCAACUGGUUCGAGAAAAGAGUUCCAGGAAUAUUUGGAUGAAGAAUCUAACAAAAAAGGAUCUCAUCUGCUUCAUUAUGCACAUGAAUUAGCUCUGAAAGACAUGGAGAUAUCCAAAUUUAGAAAGUCCAAGUCUAAAAUAGAAUCCAAGUACAGGGACUUACAGAAAAGUACAGCUGAUAUGCAGCAGCAGUAUAAAGCAGAUGUCGAUAAACUAAACCAACAGUUAAUUAGACUUGAAUCAUGCAAAUCUAGAGAAGGUGCUAAUUUAGAAUAUCUAAAAAAUGUGACAUUGAGUUAUUUCCUUACAGCUGAUGAUAAAAUUCGAAAACAUAUGGUAAAUGCAAUAGCAGCAGUUUUAAAAUUUUCUGAUAGUGAAGCAGAGAAGGCUAUUAAAAGUCUAUCACAAGGCAAAUAAAUAAUGCAUUUUUUUUUUUGCUUGAUUGUUGAGUGAGAUUUAAUUAAUGUAUUAUAUAUUAAAUAUUUCCUAUUUUA